AUAACGAACCCAAUUUUUUUGGCCUUUAUAUCACCAACCGCCGAUUCGCCUUUCUCCUCGAAAACGGCCAUGGCUGAAAAAGAACAGGCCAAGCCCUUAACCCCUGCUUUUUCCUCCCGAAUCCAGAGCGACGAAGAUGAAGAACUUUCCACGCAACUGAAACUCCGUCAAAGAAAAUACAUCAACUGCUGCGGCUGCGUUACCGCCGUCUUCUUACUCCUAGCCGUUACCCUUUUAGUCCUCGUCUUCACUGUCUUCCACAUAAUAGACCCGAAGGUCAGGAUGAACGCCGUGACAAUCCAAUGGCUAGACCCUGCCGCCCUCAUUGGAACUCCCAGUCAACACCCUAAUAUCACCCUCACCGCCGACGUUUCUGUGAAAAACCCCAACGCGGCGUCGUUUAGAUAUAGCAACAGCACGACGACCGUAUACUAUCUCGGGGUAGUGGUGGGCGAGGCUCAGAUUCCGUCCGGCAAGGCCAAGGCGAGGCAUACGCUGAGGAUGAAUUUGACGGUGGAUAUCAUCACCGACAGGAUUCUUGCUGUUCCAAGCCUUAUGAACGAUUUAAGUUCUGGAGCUCUGGCGAUGAGCAGCUAUACGAAAAUCAGCGGCAGGGUGAAGAUCCUUAAUAUUUUCAAGAAAAAAGUUGUCGUGCAAUUGAAUUGCACCAUGACCUAUAAUGUUUUGAGCAAAGGGAUUCAAAAUCAGGAAUGUAAUCCACAUGUUCGGGCCUAGAUAUUCACUGGGUUUGAGAAUAUGUGGCCGCCAUUUUUAUAAUUCUCUGCAAAAUAUACAGAAAUAUAGGCAGGUUUGCUGAAGGGCACUCUCCAGAUUUACAGAUAUUUUAUGAGUAAUCUUUCCUUUUAUGGAACUGUUGAAUUAGUGAAAUGCAUGGCUUGCUUUAAAUAUUUGAAGAAAAUUUAUAGCAAUUCGUUGAGGGGAAUCAAUACAGGAAGUUUAGAUAGAUGAUUGUAGCAGCCUGCAGAUCUUGUUGGAAAGAAAUUAAAAAAAGAAAAGAAAAACAGAAAAAAGAAAAAAUAAUAAUACAACUGACUGUCAGUAAAAAUCAGCAAUUACAUCUGCA